AUGCUUGAUACCAUUGGAGGCGUCGAAACUACUGGUUAUAAGAAGUGUAAGGACCUGGCUUCUUUCGAAGCCUCCGGUAAAGAAAUCUGGCUGAUAAGGGCUCCUCGUAAAUUGGAUCUUAGUCAAAUCAAGACGCUCCCAGUGGAUUUCACCGGAGAAGGCAAAGCAACCUUGGAGAACAAAGGCCUGACUUUCGAGGUCCGUGAAAAUCUGCAAGAUGACGGUUCGGGGUUGUCUGUGCUGGUACCAGCCGACAAGCAUACUCUCGUUAGCGGAACAAGCGUCAAUCGCAUGUUCACGGUCAGUGAGACAGUUGAUCUUGAACAGAAGGCUCAAACUAGCAAAAGAAAGGCUUCAGACGACGAACUAGAGCCUGAGGUACCAGAGGAACACAAGAAGCAUAAGAAGGACAAAAAGGACAAAAAGGAAAAGAGGGAUAAGAAAGAGAGUAAAGACAAGAAGGAUAAGAAAGACAAAAAGGAGAAGAAGGAAAAGAAGCAUAAGCACAAAUGA